AUGGAUUAUGAUUAUUAUGAUGACCAUGAUGAAGAUGAAUUACCAGUUUUAUCAUUACCUACUACAUUUCUGACAAAAAAGACUGCAAUUAAUAAUGAUAAACAAGACAAUAUCGGAAAUGAUCGUUCGACUGAUUCACUUGCGAAUUGGAAAACACUUUAUGAGACAAGUCUUCAUUCUUUACAAUCCGAUGAUGAAGAUCGAAGAUUACUUCCAAAAACACCGUUUUAUGUUGAUCGACAACCAUCUAUUGCAAAACCUAAGAUUGCAAAAUCUUAUGCACCUAUUUAUCAACCACAAAUAGCUUUAAAUACAAGUAAAUCAAAAUGGGAAAUACGUUUACCUCAACUACUUGAUGGUACAGUUGGUCCUGAUCGUCAAAAACGUGACAUGUUACGACGACAUACAACCAAUAUUGUCUUUCAAGGACCCAAUUCAAAUACUAAUGAUUUUCACUCAUAUUUUUCGUCACAAUUGUCAAAUGCAACUGCUAAUGAUCGACCAACUAAUCCACUUGUUAAACAACUAAAACAAAAAUUUGAUCAAAUGACAGUUGAUAGUGCACGGAUUAUUAGUCUUGGAAACCGUACACAAUUUUCAUCUGAUAAUCUUUCAAAACUGCGUCGAGUAACUAGUCUAAAUUAUCGAGGAAAAACUGCUGUUACUGGUGAACGUUUAAUCCAACAACCACGUGCUGUGUUACCUAUUCGUCCAACGCCUGAAAUAACAACUUUAAAAACAAAAUCAGCUAGUACUGAGUCAUUGAAUACUCACAAAGCAAUAAAUAAUGGCCGUACUUAUCGAAGGAAAAUAAAUCCACCUAUUAGUUAUCCAAAAUAUACUUAUCCACCAGUUUCAACAACAUCUGUCGUUAAACAAUUAAUUGGUGGUGGUGCUACACUUAUUUAUGAUAGUAUAGCAGAACCGAGUUCAUCAAAGAUAAAGUCAUCCGUCACGAAACAUAAAAACAACAUUCAAGAAAUAAGAGAAACUUUAACAAGUAAUAAUUCAUUUUUAUCAGGUCGGCAAUUACGAUCCGACUCAAUUGAUAGUGCUUAUGCAACACUUCAGAAGGAAAAAACUAAUAAUAAGAAACUGAUCGAACCAAAAAAAGAUGAAACUAAUGAAAAUUAUUAUGAAGCUGUAUCAAGUCAAACAUCGAAUGAUUUAUCUGGAUCCAAUGAUGUUCAAGCUUCUAAUGAACCUUUCGAUCAUGAUAUAGAUACAAAUGAAGAUGAACGAGAAAUUUAUCCAGUUUUUGAUAUUGACUAA